AUGGAUCAGAAUUUCUCCACGGUACGAGAUGGCAGGCAGCUCGCGCCGGACAGGGACUCGUCCAAACGCGUCCUGACGGGGUGCUUCCUCUCCCUGCUCAUCUUCACCACGCUGCUCGGCAACACCCUGGUGUGCGCCGCCGUCACCAAGUUCCGGCACCUGAGGUCGAAGGUCACCAACUUUUUCGUCAUCUCGCUGGCCAUCUCCGACCUCCUGGUGGCCAUCUUGGUCAUGCCGUGGAAGGCGGCCACGGAGAUCGUGGGCUUCUGGCCUUUCGGGGCCUUCUGCAACGUCUGGGUGGCUUUCGAUAUUAUGUGUUCCACCGCUUCCAUCUUGAACCUGUGUGUGAUUAGCGUCGACCGCUACUGGGCCAUUUCGAGCCCCUUCCGCUACGAACGCAAGAUGACCCCCAAGGUGGCGUGCCUGAUGAUCAGUGUCGCAUGGACCCUGUCCGUUCUCAUCUCCUUCAUCCCGGUGCAGUUGAACUGGCACAAAGCUCAGACUACCAGCUAUGCCGAGCUAAACGGGACGUAUCCCGGAGAUCUUCCCCCCGACAACUGCGACUCCAGCCUCAACAGGACCUACGCCAUCUCUUCCUCCCUCAUCAGCUUCUACAUCCCAGUGGCAAUAAUGAUCGUGACCUACACCCGGAUUUACCGCAUCGCCCAGAAACAGAUUCGGAGAAUAUCCGCGCUGGAGCGGGCCGCGGAGAGUGCCAAAAACCGCCACAGCAGCAUGGGGAAUAGUUCCACCAUCGAGAGCGAGAGCUCAUUUAAAAUGUCUUUCAAACGAGAAACCAAAGUCUUAAAGACGCUCUCUGUCAUCAUGGGUGUGUUUGUGUGCUGUUGGUUGCCCUUCUUCAUCCUAAACUGCAUGGUUCCAUUCUGUGAACCGAACCUAGCCGAUGACUCCGAGGACUUCCCCUGCGUCAGCUCCACCACUUUCGAUGUGUUUGUGUGGUUCGGCUGGGCAAACUCCUCGCUCAACCCCAUCAUCUAUGCCUUCAACGCCGACUUCCGCAAGGCCUUCUCGAUCCUUCUGGGUUGCCACCGGCUCUGCCCGGGCAGCAACGCCAUCGAGAUCGUCAGUAUUAACAACAACAUGGGUGCCCCUACCUCCAACCCCAACUUUCAGUAUCAGCCCAAGAGCCACAUCCCGAAGGAGGGCAACAAUUCAGCCAGCUACGUUAUCCCCCACAGCAUCUCCUGUCACGACGAGGAGAAGAAGGACGGGUGCGGAGGGGAGAUUGAGGUGGGAAUGGUAAACAAUACCCUAGAGAAACCCUCCCCUGCCAUCUCUGGGAAUUUAGACAGUGACACUGAGGUCACACUGGAAAAGAUCAAUCCCAUAACACAGAAUGGGCAACAUAAAACAGUGUCGUGUUGA